CAGUAGGUGUGUGAUUAAUGGCAAUAAUAUAACUUAAACUUUUUAAACAAUGUUAAAAGACUGAAACUUUUUAUGAUUAUACCUCAUAUCCCCAUCAUAAGAACAGAAUACACAGCCUUUGGGACAUGGGAAAACUUCUUGUGUUGAUUGAAUAAAAAAAACAGUGGAAAAUGUAUAAAAUAAUUUAUUGGGGGUAAACUGCAUAAUGUUUAACAUUUGAAAAGUGCUUAAUUAUAUUAGUAAGACUUUUAAAAAUUAUAUUGUUUAACAUUUUACAUAAUAAAUACCAUAAUCUGUACUGGGAACGCAAAAGGCAUCGAAUUGUAGGAAUUACCCAUAUAAUGUUAUAAUGACAAUAAUCCAGAUGAGAUGAAUAUGAGGAAUGCUUUAUAUAUUUAUUUAUUCAUUUAAGUAUUUAUUUUACAAAAGAGUUGUAUUUGUCACUUUGUCACUUUUUUAUACUGGCAUAUUUUUUAUUUUUUUAAAAAUUUUUUUUACAUUUCUCUUCAAAUUUCGUAGUAAGAACAUCAUUUCCCAGAAUCCCACUGGGUUUAUUGCGUCGCCAUUUUUUAUGAUCGCCUGCUCGUUGUUGUUUAUCAAAUAGUUAAUAUUCCCUAAAAUAACAAAACUACUAAUAUUAGUAGCGGAAACGUAUUUAAAAAACUAAUACUAAUAAAAAUGAUACUAAUUAGGAAAGAUUAAAGUAGCUUUGAGGAUGUGUUGAAUAAGUGGGCGGGAUCACGCCGGGUAAAGCGUUCAGCUGUAGCUGUCAGUCAAAGCUCCAAACGAAUCGAGUUAACCGACUCGGUGUUUUGUGUCUGUACCGCUAAAUUUAUCCACCGACCCCACGGAGUCAGCUAGUUUCAUUUUACUACCGAGAUUUUAGACUGCAUAGUAAAAAAAGUGUGGCUUAUAAUUAUUUCUAACUCUCUAGGCCAAAGUUUAUAGUAAAUAAGCUUCAGACACCAGCUCGCUAGCUACCUCGCUAGGCAACACACACACACACACACACACACACUCAUGAUGUUUUGGUCAGCAUAAUGACACAUAAUUUAUAAUACCCACAUACGCUAUUUCCUUAUUGAUUCACUUAAGAAAUAAUCCUAUCCUAAUCCUAUUCAACCAGCUCGACACUUGCUGGGAGGAAUGUCGAUAGUUUGCGUGUCGAUAGUUUAGUUUGUAUCUGGAUGUAGUUUGUUUACAGUUGAAAGCGAAAAUGCUGCGCGAGCCGGGAGCCGCGAGCCGCCAUGCCAGGGGCAUCAGCAGGGCGCGCGAGCACUUCCCACAUCGCUGUUUUAGUGACAGUGAGGAUUACACACAGCUUCCCUAGAAAGAGAGUUUGCUGAAGGAUUUCAGAGAGCAUGGCUGGUGUGCUGCAUUUGCUUCUUUUAUGGCUCUUGGUGAGAGUUUCAGAGCCCCGGGAUUAUGUGGGCAGUGGACUGAAUUUUGGGGCAAGCAUUGAAAGGAUUUUGCCCUCCGUUUCUCAUCGUGCCAAUGGCAGUAUUUUCUAUGGAAUCAUGUUUGAUGCUGGGAGUACUGGAACGCGUGUCCAUAUCUACACCUUCAUGCAAAAAGAGACAAACCGUCUCCCCAUUUUGGAUAAUGAAAUGUUCCAGUCUGUGAAGCCUGGUUUAUCUGCCUAUGCUGACACGCCAGAAAAAGCCGGGGACACAGUGAGGCAAUUGCUGGACGUUGCCAAGAGCACAGUGCCUCGUGUGGAGUGGAAACGAACCCCGGUGAUGCUGAAGGCUACAGCAGGACUGAGGAUGCUGCCACCUUCCAAAGCUCACGCGCUUCUACAGGAGGUUCAAGACGUGUUUGAGGACUCUCCAUUCUAUGUGCCUGCUGAUAGUGUAAGCAUAAUGGAUGGAACAAGUGAAGGAGUUUUGGCCUGGGUGUCUGUAAACUUUUUGACCGGUCAACUGUACCCCAACACGAGAAAGUCAGUAGGGAUUUUGGAUUUGGGUGGAGGAUCGACGCAAAUCACCUUUCUUCCAAAAAAAACAACCGAGAGAUUUCCUCCUGAUUACACAGCAAGAUUCAGUAUGUUUAACACAACAUAUAAAUUGUACACUCACAGUUAUUCAGGGAAUGGAAUCAAAGCUGCUCAGCUUGCUGCUAUUGGUGCUUUGGGCUCAAAAGCUCCAAAAGGGAAGGUUUUUCAGAGUGCCUGCUUGCCUAAGAAUUACAAAGGGAAAAUUAGCUUUGGAGGGUUAAUAUACAAAGUCAGCGGAAAGCCAGGAGGUUCUACUGGUUACAAGAGCUGUUACAGAGAAAUGCUAAAGGUUGUGAAAGGCGUCAUUCAGGAGCCAGAUGACAUGGAAGACAGCUGGAUCUACGCCUUCUCUUACUACUUCGACCAUGCUGUUGAGGCCGGCCUUGUUGAUGAAGCCCGAGGUGGGGCUGUGCAGGUUCGGGACUUCAGGGGGAGAGCUAAAGAGGUGUGCAACAAAAUGUCCAUGUAUAAUCCUGACUAUCCCUUCCUGUGCAUGGAUCUUACAUACAUAACCUGUCUUCUGAAGUCUGGUUAUGGUUUUGAAGAGGAAACAGUCCUGAAGUUGACCAAGAAGCUGCACAAUGUGGAGGCCAGCUGGGCUUUGGGAGCCACUCUCAGUUACUUCGAACACUUUAGCAUUGUCUAAGUAAAAGCCAAGAAUCAGCCGGUCUUUCCCACAGUUCUGUCCUUUUCUAGUAGUGAAGUCACAUGGCUUUUGUAGUGAACUAAGAUUGGUCAUUUACAAUAAAGAUUUUUAGAUGCCCUUUGUGCUUUUAAAAAAUAUAGUGUGAGUACAUUUUUAGGGGAUCAAUAAACAUCAAUAAAACUUUUUUUUUAGACUUGGAUAUUUUAAAGCUAUGGACUCUGGAUAAUUUGGAUAAUAACAAAAAUUCCUUGACAGGUUUAUUUCAAGACUUUUCAACAAACUGACUAUAUUCUAUGAUUUCACUUGUCAUGAUUUUCCACUCAUAAACCUCUAAAUUAAAACAUUUUCUUUAGCUUUUGUAUAUCCUGCAGGGUGGGUAGUGGUCUUGCAUUUACAGGUGCUAUUGUUGCUCAUCUGGAAUUAUAAUUGUCUUUUUUUUUUUUUUUUUGAAGCAGAGGCCUUACAGAUACAGCUAGCCAUGUGUAGUAUUGUUUUUGCAACAGUUGGAAAGCUGGCAUUGAAUACAAUGAAAAGACACAAACCUACUCCGAUCUUUGGUUAGGUACAGUGUACACACACACUAACAUUAAAACCACCUGCCUAGUAAUGUGUACAUCCUUCUUGUGCCACCAAAACAGCUCUGACCUGCUGAGGCAUGGACUCCACAAGACCUUAACAGUGUACCUGAACAAUGAGGCAGACCAAGCACACCCCUUCAUGCCAACAGUAUUCCCUAAUGGCAGUGGCUUUUUCAGCAGGAUAACGCACACUGCAAAAAAAUAGUUCAGGAAUGGUUUGAGGAACAUGAUAAAGAAUUCAAGGGUUUGACUCGGCCUCCUAAUUCCCCAGAAAUGAAUCCAAUCGAUUGAUUGAAGGAUGUGCUGGACAAACAAGUCUGAUCCAUGGAGGCCCCACCUCACAACUUACAGGUGGAAAAG